CUUAGUUAACUUUACUCAUUAAUAUAAAAUACAUACUUCUUACUAGGUUUUGUUGAGUUACAGUCAAUUGCAGGUUGAAAAUAACAAUUUACUUAAUUGUUUGAGUGCCGCUUACUUGAAACAAGCAAGUACCAACAAAGGAUGCAAUGACGUUAUCACACCAGUGAGAGGCAGCAGUGCAAUAAAGCGUACCUAAUGUGCAGAAAAAAAACGAAGAAAAAGAAGCGGCACUGCAAGAGCAUGCGUACUAUCUCGGCGCCAAUUCUCCAGAUGUGGAAAGACGUUGACAGGCCACCUACGUUUUUAUCCGGAGCUUCGUUACUUUUUUGAAAGAAAAAGAAUAAUAAUAAGAAGAAGUCCUUCUGGCAGCUGCCUCCUGAUUGGUCUUCAACAAACAGGUCUUGAUACACUGAACAAUGGAAAGCUAUAAAGUAAGACUCAUCCUAACUGAACAGGACAUAAGGAAGUUGUCACUGGAUGCAAAACCCAAAAAUGUUGAGGAGCUGAAGAUAAAAAUCAAAGAAAAAUGUGAUCUGCAGUAUGAUUUCAAUGUGAUGUAUGAAGAUUCAGACUUUGACAAUGCCUUCUGCAACCUUGAAGACAUAGGUGACCUACCAGCUUCAAGAGCUACAGUGAAGGUAAUCCCAUUGUUGGUUACCGCCUCAACCACCAGCAUGUCUGAUGACUCCUGUGUUUCCAACGAUACAGUGAUUAUGCCCACAGACAGCUCAUCUACAAGACACAAUCCAUGGCCAGAGAUUUUUGAGAUUCCAGAUUUUUCUGUCGAUGUAGAAUUCAGACUCAGACAGUCUAAUCUUCAAUAUCUACGAGACCAGACGUACCUCAGUGUAACAAGAGACAUGAAGCAUAGCAUUUUAGAAAAGCUUGCUGAAACUAUUUACAAGUUUGAUGCGUAUCCGAAUAAUGAGCGUAUUAAUUCUGUGGCACUAGCACUCAUUAACAAACAUCCCUGCCUUAAGGAGCAAGGUUCACCGGAUGGGUGCUCUAGCUGGAAGCACAGCUUAAAAUUCAAAAUGGGAAACUAUCGGACUAAACUAAGAAAAGCAGGAUGUGUGGAGGUUGGUGUAAACGGAGGCAAAACAGGUGGCCCGGGAAUGGCAGCAAAAGGACUGAAAAGGCCAAAAAGGUCUGAGGUAAAUUACUUACCAGAACACCCUGAGGGACAGAAUGGAGACAGCCUAGAGGCUGUGAGACAGCUUCUGGUUGAAGAAAUGAGGAAAGUGAACCCUAGUGGAACUUUCAUUGCAUCAAAGAUGGACCUGACCUUCUCAAUGCGAAGACAUGAGAUUGUGGAUGCAGAAACUCCAGUGAAAACAUUGAUGGAGCGGUGGCCAGCACUUUUUACUGAGAGACAAGUGUUUGCAGAGUUUAACAGGAUAGUCACCACAGAUCUGCAUAGUAACUUUUAUGGUGCUGUGGAUCGCUACACACCACGCUUUGUCACAAUCUUCAAGUCCAAGAAAGGGACCGUUGGAGAGAAAUUGGAUGAGCUUAUGCAGCAAAUGAAUACAGGGAAAGAAGCAGAUGUGACAGCAAUGCGCACUCUUGUGCUCCGGGGCUUACCUAUCCUGCUUGGUGAUGAUGCCAGUAACUUCUACAAUACCUGCAAUGCAUGUGAGGUUGAUGGCUGGCCACAAGUGUCCAUUGGGGUGCUGACUGUUAUUGAUGAAGAAGAACCUCUCAUUCCAAAUAAACUGUACCUUGACCCAGUGUCUACUGCAGUCAUUGUGGAGGGAGGUAUAGUACUGGAUAAUCUGCAGAAUCUGCCUCAGGCAAUUUGCAUCUUGUUUGGUCUGUCUUAUGCUUUAAAUUUGGAGUACCCAAAAGGCAUGAUCAACACUUUCAACUUCAUUCAGAAAGUGAUGCUUGGUUUGGGACAGAACAAACUGCCACCAAAACUACAAUCUCUGAAAAAUCUCCUGUUGAGCUGAGAUGUAAUCAAAUGUGAAAGAGUGAAAAUUGACAUUUGAUUUAAGAAAAAAUGUUCUUUGAUUAAAAAAAAAAGUUCUGACAGUGGAAUAAGAGUAGUUGAUAGAAGAAAAAAAAGGAAAACUAAGUCACUUGUUUAAAAUUGUCAGCCCAUUGGUUCUUGAGCAAGUUAUGAGGCUGCCAGUGUAAUCGAUGUUUGUCAGAGACAUUGCUUUUGGCACUCGUCAACUCGUUGGUUAAAUCAAGUUUGGUCUCUGAAAUGUUGUUGAUUUAAAGUUGUUAAGAUUCAAGGUAUGGCCCAUUUACUUAGAUUUUAUAUACAUUUAUUUAGAUUUUUGUACUGUAAAAUAUUUUUGUUUUAAACAUUUUAAAAACCUGACUAUUUGCAUUAAUUUUUACCCCAGUGCAAACUUGUGUGUACCAUCCUUGUGUCAGUUGUUAAGAAA